CUGGCGCUCACUAGCUGUGGUUGAUUGAUAUGUCCACUCACUCACAUCGCAAAAAGUCCGCCGAUCCUUGACGUACAAACACCAGACACCACCUGUUGUGAGGGAGAAAAAACCUUCUCUCACGCUCUCCUUCCGUCCGUCCCUUCGAUUGCACACGUCCACGCCGCUCACACAAAGGCACACGCACAGGCACCACACGCACCAACACACAGCACCGAUCGAUAAAUACGUCAGUCAACACAUCAACGUGCACAGAGCCGCCCCCCCACCCAGCAACGCCAAAAACAAAAAACCUGCCUCAGCCCCUCCACACCCACACACAGAUUGGCUACGACCCCUGCUCUCUGCCCCAGACAUAGCCGAACGCCGUGGAAGCAUACCGGAACACAUCCACCUGGGCAAACAGCGACGCAUCAUCGGCGGCCGCCAGGUCCGCCUGCUUGGCCGCUGCGCCAUGCGGGUGCGCGUGUGCCCUCCCGUCGAUGCUGCCGCUGCUGCCAUGGCCGUGGUCGGUGGCCACGUAGGCCUCCACUCGCUUCGCGAGAGCUGUGCCGAUAUCCUCAUCACUGCACUCACACGCGCACACACGCGCACAGGGAGGUGCCGAAGAGCGUUGCAUCCGACACAAAUUGCUGCAUUUCGUCUGACCUUUCGUCAUCCAAUGGCUGCCUGCCUCGGCUGGCCGAGUGGUUGUGGCCAUGUGCUGGUGGGUUGGCGGGCUCCUCUGGUACGUGGAACCAGCGGUAGAGGCCGUAUACGAUGGUGACUGAGGCUACCAUGGACGCCACCACCCGGGCGACGCCGUGAAGCAGACCCUGAAGCAUAGCAUACAAGCCUUGUUUCGUGUGGCACAUGCACUUGUGAAGGCGGUGUGUAUACCCACCUGGACGAGUGGCGUGAGGACGAAGAGCAACACACGGAUGAUGGCCAGAGGGCUGCACACACAACACAACACAUCACGACACGACAGUUGGUCCCUCUCGUCCAUCAAUCGCCUCUCUCCUCCUUUGUCUCCCUCCGUUCUCACAUCAUGAUGGCGUAUCUAAUGAACACAAAUAUGGGCCUCUGCGGCAUCCACUCCUCGCCAUCGAAGCGAGCCAUCGCGGCCUCCCUGCACCACCCAGCACACACACACGCAAGCUCUGCGUGGGUUGGAUAGGUCGCUUUGUCGUGUGUGGCUUACAGGUCUGGAACGCGAUGGGGAAACUCGGUGGCGAUGAUGGCCGACAGGGCAUUCAUUCGCCGCGCAUGGUCCCUCUGAGCCAUCCAGUUCUACAAGCAGCACACAGACAGACAGGCGCCUGUCUGUCGUCAAUCUCUGUGCACCCACCUAUCCCGCCCGCCAGGCUCACCUGCGUCACGAUGCCAACAAAAGCGAAUACCACUAUGGCAAUCGUCAUGGCCCACAGACACUCCCUGACCGUCACGCCGCCGUGGCAAUGGCCGUGCCCCUUGCCCCACUCCACCACAGCAGUGCCGGGGCCGGCCGUGGGGCUGUUGGGGUCGUGCACCUUCGUCCAGUCGUCAUCCUGGUGGUCGGUGCUGCUGUUCAUUAAAAGCCGUGGGCGCGCUGCUGCCGCUGCUGCUGCUGCUUGUGGUGAGGCGUCUGUGGGCAUGCUUCGGCUCGACCUGGCACGCAGGCGGUCAAGCAGAGCUGUGGAUACACAACACAACACAACAUCAACGCAUGUUGUGUGAACGCGGAUGUCUGUUUUGCGUGUCGUUUGUCGUCUCACCAUCGGCGUGUCGGAGCGCUGCCACAGUGCCAGAGGGGACCACCUCCAGCCCUCCCACAGCAUCACGGUGGCCAUCACCACUGCCUCCAUCCUGUCCCUCCUGCUCCUGUUGCUCGUCCCGCUGUUGCUGCUGCGGUUCGUCGUCAUCGUCCUGUUCAUCCGACUCGGCCUCCCAAAACGACGUCUGCUUAGAUGGCUGUCCCUGCGCCGACACGUACCCCUCCGAGUCGCCCACCUCGCUCCCACGCACCACGUUCUUGCCUUGCUGCUGCUUCUUGGCCCUGACAGGCGGCAGAGGCGCCCGUCCGAUGACCUUGUGCGGCGGGAUGCGGCAUACCACCUUGCCACGUCGGCCUUCGUCGUAAUGCAGGUUGCCGCUGUGCGUGGCGGGAGGGUGCUGGUGACGGGGAGAGCGACGCAGGGGAGGGGGGGACGGACGCUGGGGGCUCUCAGCCAUCGAAAAUCCCUAUGCUCCUCAAGCGCA